AUGUCUGUGAUUGAUACGAUAAGACAUAUCACGAACAAGAACAAUCAGAAUUCGGCAAAAAUCCUUCAGAACAUCCUUCUGAAUUAUCCUGAUAUUCAGUCAAAGAUACUUGACUUCAAAUUUCGGGGACGUGGACAACGUGAUAUUCCAGUGGCCGAUUUUGAUACAAUCCAGAUGAUUCUGCAACAUCUCCCAGAACGAUCAGUGCAGAAUGAUCGAGAGGAAAUAAUCAAGAUAUUGAAGAGUUUCUGCAAUGAACAUUAUCCUCAAGCGCAAGGAGUGGCGGCAAUGGAACAGAGUGCUCAAGCGACUAGUUCCAAUUUGCAGAGGAACAAUGACAUCGAUCCAAGGUUGCUUGAGUUGGAGAUUGAAAACAGAAAGCUCGAUAUUGAAGAGAGACGACUCAAAAUUCAGAAUCAAAGCUCUAGGGAUGAAUUUCAGCUAUCAAGAGACAAAUUCGAGCUAUUCAAAGAUGAACUGGAGUUCUUCAAGGAAGCCAUGAAAGUAAACGGAGUGCUACCACCAUCAAUUGCAAACUCACUCCAAGACUACACUUUCAACAAGUUCCUUCACAAGCGACAGAAGUUGAUGAGCAACAAUGGCAUUGCCUCAGAUCAAACUCCCACUCCCCACACGGAACUUCAGACCGACAUGUUUGAAACAAUUGGUUUGCAAGACAAAGUCUUGGAGUCGAAGAAAACCAAGUUCACCCCUGAGAUGCUCAAGCGUGCUGGGAAGAUUCUAGCUGAUCUCUACAGAACCAAAUACGGUCAUGAUCCAGAAAAGGAACAAAGGAGAUGUGAUGGCAAACUCUUCUCUGUCAACGUGUAUCAGAAAAAAGACUCUGAUUUGAUGCAGAUGGCGAUUGAACAGACUGAAAAAGAGUUCAAAGCUAAACCUGAGAUGUUCCAGACGCAUAUCACAAGGUUUACUCAAUAA